GGAGGCUGAGGGCGCGGCGGGCGCGGCGGGCCAGGAUGGAUUUCCAGCAGCUGGCUGACGUUGCGGAGAAAUGGUGCUCCAACACGCCCUUCGAGCUCAUCGCCACCGAGGAGACCGAGCGCAGGAUGGAUUUCUACGCCGACCCCGGCGUCUCCUUCUACGUGCUGUGUCCGGACAACGGAUGCGGGGACAAUUUUCACGUGUGGAGCGAGAGCGAGGACUGCCUGCCUUUCCUGCAGCUGGCACAGGAUUACAUCUCUUCCUGCGGCAAGAAGACGCUCCAGGAAGUCUUGGAAAAAGUCUUCAAGUCCUUCAGACCUUUACUGGGGCUUCCGGAUGCAGAUGACGACGCGUUUGAAGAGUACAAUGCAGACGUGGAAGAGGAGGAGCCAGAGGCAGACCACCCCCAAAUGGGGGUCAGUCAGCAGUAAACUUGCAAGGGCUCCCAUCUGACAAGGAGUGAGCCCGUGGUACCCGAGGUGGGGUCGUGUGCUGCUCCUGGGUGAGCUCUUCGACACAGGAUGUCCGACUGCCAGCUUCCAAAUUAAAAUGAAAUACCUGUUUCACGACCACAAAAGAUCUGGGAUGAGCUGUGCUCAGAAGUGACCUGCGUUUGACUCCCGUUUCAGUGGGUUCCCUUGGAGUUGUCCUGGUAGCCUUGGCCAUUUCGAAUUUAGUCCAUUUUGUGGCUGACCAUUCUCUCUUGAGUUUCUGUUGGAGAACUGACAUUCGCUGACUCGAAUGUAGAGAAAUCUGAAUGUAUUACGGACGUGUUUUGAGUCCCCAGCAGGUGACUUUAUCGAGGGAAAGCAUGGCAGAGAAGAAAUGCAGUCUGCACUUUUUAUGUAUCUUGUAAGUGUCGUUAAGUGAAAGGGUUUGCUUAUAAAGCAUGAGUUUUAAUACCUAGUCAUUACAUUGCACAAGUGCAAGUCAAGGACAGAAAAGGGUCAUCACUUAGCUUUGGGUGAAGAGGGUAAGGGAGGCAGAGAACCUCUCAGCGGGUUGCCAUCACUGAGUUACCUGGAUACGUGGCGACCAGUUCAUGGUUGUGUAAACAUCCUUGCCUGGUCGAUUCUUUUAACACACGCUAGUUCCAAAGCCACUUUUAAAGUCUUAACAGUGGAAAAGAUAAAUGGGGUGACAUCAGUUACCGAUUUCUUUAAAAUGUUUAUAAACCGUCCCACAUAUAAAAUGAAACAUUUACCUUCUUUCUUUACAAUGAGACGGCAACUUGUUAAAUCAUGAAAACAUCCAGAAUCCAAGGGCCACUUCAACUUUGAAGCCAUAGAUAAAUUUAAUGGGACAAUAAACCAGGAUAACAUUUUUAAAAAUAUGAUGGAAUCCUUUUUUAAUCUUUUUUUUUAAGUUCAAGAAAAGGAUCCCACUGUGUGAUUUAUUUAAAAAUUGUAAUCAAGUGCUUCGAGAAACCUAAUUGCAGUGAAUUUUUAAAGUGGGAAUCUUUCGACAGCAGGUGAGCUUGGCUCAGAGGGGAAGGUUUAAUGAUAACUCACAGAGAUCACUUAGCCAACAGAUACUUCCGAGGUAAAUCCUCUGUCAUGCCAACAUGGACUUAUUUAAAAUAUUCAUUUUCUUGGGCCCUUCUGCAUCUCUGGUCCUAACAACAUGGGGUGCCUAAUGCUUUUACAACACUUCACUAAACGUAGCGUCCGGGGUGGGGAUGUUUUUAACAUGUGUGCCUGUUAGGCUAUCAAAGUUUUGAGUAAAGAAGGAAAAAAAGCAGCCGCCUCAGAGACCACAAAGCUUCUGGGAGUCUUGUCGGUCUUCCAGGCGUGUCGGUGUAAACCUGAUUAUCUCAACGUUUUCUGUUUAAUUGGUGCUGUGAGGAGCACAUCUGCUCAUGGUCAAAUCGUGCACUGCGGUUUUAAGUCGUUGGGUAAAAUAAUAUAGUGGUUUCCAUCUGUGGGUCAGUGGCAACAUUUUUUUUCUUGUCUUGGGAAAACAUGUUCAAGGUUAAUUUCAAGUAAAAUGAAUUUCCUUCCAGGGAGGAUAUUAACAAAGCAAACCUUAAUGAUUCAUCCGUGGAGUGAAAUGGGCUCGGGCUUUGCUCCCUCGUCUGUGUGCUGAUUGGCUCCAGACCUGAGCACAAGUGUCUAGCUGUUGCUCGGGUUGGGUCAUCUUUGUUCUAACCCAGUAGGCGGGCAGAGUGACUUCUGCAGCUGAGAUGUAGGAGCUCGACUAGCGUGCUCCCUUCCAAGGUAAACUGGAAUUUUGUAUGUAGUAGAGGCUUAAAAUGUAAAUUUGCAUAUGUUUGAAAAUGGAAUGGACAUUGAUGUAAAAUGUAUUUUAUCCAAAAAGUGUUUAGGUUUUGACCAAAUGCAUUUUGGUAUUCUUCUGUGAAUGUUCUGUUUAUAAGAAUUGAGCUGAGGUAGACUCAGCCAUUCACUGGGCUGGGGAGAACUCUGGAAUUUGCUUUGCCCAGGAGUUGGGGAUACCAUCGCUGUAUGUUACUUAUCUCCCUGGAAAAACCCCAAAAGGCAUUAGCAAAUGGGAUUGUUUCCUCUAAAACUUCCUUUUCUCUGUGCACAUCCCCACCAGUGCUCACCCACACAGGUGCGCACGUUCGGGUCACGUGUGGCAGAGACUUUGCACAGUGCAGAGUUUCACCCGGUCGGUCAGCAUGUGAGCAGCCUGUGGUUUCUGCACAGACUUCCACGGACACAUAAACACCCUCCUGGGAGGCGACAGACAGUGGGAGGAGCACUGACCCAGCAGUUAGGAGAGGGGCCUGGGUGCGGGUGCUGACUGCCAGCAACCACCUGACCUUGGGCGGGUCACUUAACUAGCCUGAAUCAAGGGAUGUGUGCCCUUCCUGCUUUACCCACUUGUCUUCCACAACUGCCUUAUGGUGUGUGUGGGCAUGAAGAGCAACAGUCCAGGAGACGUGGAGGGAAAUGAGCAGGAAAUAGAUUUAGAAUCUCACUGUCCUUAGGAUCCUAGCCACAGGGCCACCUGGGGACAGGUUUCUGUUGGUCUGUGAGCAUCCAAGCCCCCUACAACCCGAUCCUGAUGGCCCCAGAAGGUCUAGAAAACAGACUUGUCUCAGUUGUACAUGCUCUGCCUCUGGGAAGGCUGUUUUAUUGUGCCCUGACAGAUUGUGGCCUUGGAAGGGGAAUACGUUUAACUUAACGGAGAGGGGGAAAUUGCAUGAAGAAUAGCUGGAAGAGAGUGACUUUUACUUUUUGCCAUCUCAUCCCAUGGAGAGAGAGAGAAAGAGGUGCGUGUGUGCAUGUGUGUGUGUGUGUGCAGGUGUGUGAACAGGGAAUGAUUGCUUGUUGAUCACUGCAGGCCAGCUGUGAAAUCAAGCCUAAUAACCUUACCAGACCUUGAUCCUGGGUUUGAGUGAAUCACAGAGACAUCUUUCUGAUGGCUGCUGGUUCCUUUUCUCUGUCUGAUCAUCGUACCGAGCGGACUUCGGGGAAUCGGAGAGAAUUAUGGAGCCAGGGAGGGAGGUGAGACCCUGCACAGUGCCUGCCACACUCCAGAUUCGGUUACACUGCGGUGUCCACCUCCCCCGCCCAGGCUCAGAGCAGCACGUACUCUUGUUCUUCAGUGACCAGAACACGCAGAGUCUCUUCUUUGGGCAACUCUCCUUGUGUCCUGGUGCCAGGAUUAGGUUUCCAGUGCGCUUAGGUAAAAACCUCUCUCCUCUCAUGGUCACUGUCAUUGUUCACAUGUGAGCAGAACCAUUCCCUGGUACAGUCAUGUCUCCAGAUACUGUUAUCUGGUUCAUAAGAGCACAGAGUGUGUGGACCUGGGGCGCUGUGCUGCCAGGUUGUGUGAUGAGCGUCAUCGGACUCUGCCUCGCAUGUGAAAACGGACACGUUGGGAAGCUGGCCUCAGCCCGUCUGAUUUCCCGUGAUUUGGGAGGCACGUAGGAGGAGGCAGGACUUAAGUCUGGGGUGGGAGAAGAUGAGUAGGGGAGAAUGAAUGGGACGAUUAGGGUCUGAUUCUUUUAGGGAAAAAAAAA